AUGGGAAAGAAGAAAGCUAUACAAAAGUCGAGUAAGGGAGAUUUAAUACCAACUCCUGGACCGUUGGAGCAGCAACUCGAAGGAGCGAAGUUAGCUAAAUCCCGUUCCGAGAUCCGUGAAAAAAGGAAACGAAAACCGGAGCAGGAGACAGAAGAGUAUAUUCCAAACGACCUGUCUGGGAAAAUAAUUGCUCAAGCGAGGAAGCAGCUGCAUGAGAUUGGAGAUGAGGACGAUUCAGAAAAGCAAGAUAACACCAAGAGGAUGCGGCAAGUCAGCCUGGGUGCCGGCAGUGAAGAAGAAUUUGACUUAGAAGAACACUUAGAUAACGACUAUGUAGACCAAGUAAUAGAAUUGGAUCCGAAAGAUGAAGCUGAGCUUGCGAAGUUUAUGAUUAGUAAAGAAGGCGGAACUAAAACGCUCUACGACAUCAUACAAGCGAAAAUCGACUCUAAAAUAGACGAUGCAGAACUCGCACUGAGCUCUGUGGAUCCAAAUGAGUUUAAUGUACGUGACCUCGAUCCUGAAGUUGUAGAGAUGUACAAGGAAAUAGGGAAAGUUCUCGCUAAAUACAGAAGUGGCAAAAUACCGAAAGCUUUUAAAGUGAUACCGAAAAUGGUGAACUGGGAGCAAAUAUUAUAUUUAACCGAUCCUGACGGAUGGAGUGCUGCAGCAGUUUAUCAGGCUACUCGACUUUUUGCCUCAAAUCUCAAUCCUAGGAUGUGCCAAAGAUUUUAUAACCUCGUUCUUCUUCCACGUCUUCGAGAUGACAUAGAUGAAUUCAAAAAACUUAACUUUCACCUCUAUCAAGCUCUUUGCAAGGCUAUGUACAAACCAGCAGCGUUCUUCAAGGGCAUUAUACUACCACUUUGUGAGUCGGGCACUUGUACUCUACGUGAAGCAACAAUAUUCAGUUCCGUGUUGGCCAAGGUUUCAAUACCAAUGUUCCAUGCGGCUGCGGCUAUGUUGAAGAUCUCGGAAAUGGAAUAUAAUGGAGCCAACUCCGUUUUUCUCAGAGCUCUCAUUGACAAGAAAUUCGCACUGCCAUACAAAGCGAUUGACGCACUUGUAUCGCAUUUCCUCCGGAUGAAGAAUGACGAACGCGAAAUGCCCGUACUUUGGCAUCAGUGCUUACUGGCUCUCUGCCAACGUUACAAAAAUGAUUUCAGUGCGGAACAAAAAGCUGCCAUCAUGGAUCUCAUAAGGUAUCAAGGGCAUUACCUGAUUUCGCCCGAAAUCCGUCGUGAGCUUGAGUCUAAGGCUGUGGAAGGUGAACCUGGAGAACAAACAGUCGUUAAGGUUGACGUUAUUGCGAGAGCGAAUGACACCAUGGAAUUCUAA